AUGCCCCGGAGUUCUACCUCACUCUCUUCCCCCUCGUCGGCGCUCCCCCCCCCCCUCGGGGAGAUCGAAGUGAAGCUUUCUCGUCCGAGUCGCAUCUAUCGCCCAGGAGAGUCAAUCGAAGGCAAGAUCAUCACAAACUCCUCCUCCGCAAUCUCCUACCAUAAAAUCCUCGUCACAGCCACCGGCACCGUCAAUCUGCAGGUUCGAGGUGGGGUUACUGGGGUGAUCGAGUCGCUUUACAGUGUGGUGAAGCCCAUCUCUAUCCUCAAAAGAAGCAUCGAUGUUACUGCACCAGCUGGAAGGUUAGGCCCUGGUAAGACGGAGGUUCCAUUUUCCUUCGUCUUGAGCUCAGAAGAUAUUGACAAUCGCGGGAGAAUCUAUGAGACAUUCCAUGGUGGGAAUAUUAGUAUCCAGUAUCUAAUUACUGCAGAUAUAACAAGAGGUUACCUACAUAAAUCCUUAUCUGCCACUGUUGAGUUUAUAGUUGAAAAUGACAAUGCGAGUCUCUUGGUGUCAUCAGCUUCACCCGAACUGGUUACCUUUUACAUUACUCAGGAUACCCAGAAACAUCAAUUGCUCCCUGAACUUCAAAUAGGCCAUUUCUGCGUCACGGGGAAAAUCUCAACACAGUGUUCUUUGGCAGAUCCCCUUAGUGGAGAGCUCACUGUUGAAACUUCUGCGGUUCCAAUAAAAUCUAUUGACAUACAGUUACUUCGUGUUGAAUCGAUUCUUGCAGGAGAGAGAAUUAUUUCUGAUGCAUCAGUUGUCCAGACAACACAAAUAGCUGAUGGAGAUGUUUGUCGAUCUAUGACUCUUCCAAUCUUUGUUUUACUUCCUCGUCUUCUGGUGUGCCCAACAGUGUUAGCUGGGUCCUUCUCGGUGGAGUUCCAGGUCUCUAUAGUUAUCAGCUUUCAGUCAGAAUUGGCCAAAUUAUAUCCCAAAUCUGAUCUUAGAACUCCAAGGCCAUGGCUGGCAAUGGUGACUCUACCUUUGAGACUUUAUCGAGCAAGGUGAUCUGAUCAGCUUUACGUGACUCCAACCGGUGCUCAUCUUGUCCGUUUGAACUCCAACGUAUAAUUAGUCAUUUUACUGGGCUUUGCAACAAUUUGAUUGGUUCAUAUGAUUCUUCAAAACUUGCAUUUUGUGCAAGCUGACAUUUUGCAUGGAAUUAUUAUACAUUUGUAACGGGAUUAAUGUUGGAAAAAUUGUAAUGGGUAAAUCUAGGUUGUAUGUAUAAUUCCAGUUGUGGAAGAAAUUGAGUUUGAAAAUUUAAGGAUUAUAAAUUU